AACAUAAUACAAGACGGUUUAUUUUGGUGCGUGUUUGACAGGCGCGCAAUGACACCUUUCCACUUAAGUACAGUCGCGCGAUCUUUGCUAAAGUCGUAUCGACACAGAGCUGUACUAAAAACAAUCCACGGACUCCGACUCUGGGAUUUUCAAAGCAUGCAUCCACGCUCCUCCAUCGCAGGGCACGAACUCAUGGAGGAGAUCCUGAGGAAGACUGUGGCCCCAUUGCCCAGCUACGAGAUGAGAGACAAAUCUCCACCUCCACCCGAAUCCAACAGUUUGGAGUUCAUGCAUUUUUACAAGAGUUUAGAGAAAGAGCAGAGGCUGGAGUUCCUCGAGAAGUUGUCUCAUGAUUUCGGGGUUGAUCACAGGUGGGCUUCGGAUCUGGCCGCAAAGUUGCUGGAGGCUCAGGUGCGGGAUGUGGCCACCAUCCUGCAGGUGGAGGACAGGCUACGGUACAGUUUGACACCCCGGUACCGACAGCUGCUCACCCACAUCAGCAGGGUGCAGGGCGGGGUGAAGUUUCUGGUGGACCUCAGGGCAGAUCUCAUCGAGUUCGCAUCCUCAAAAAUUAGUGACAGCCCACAUAUGAGGGACCUGAACAGCACUCUGAAGGCUCUUCUGUCUGAAUGGUUCUCUGUUGGGCUCCUCCGACUUGAAAGAAUCACUUGGCAGUCCCCAUGCGAAAUCCUUCAGAAGAUCAGCCAGUACGAAGCGGUGCACCCUGUGAGAAACUGGACAGAUCUGAAGCGCAGAGUAGGGCCAAACCGGAGGUGUUACGCCUUUACCCACGCAUCCAUGCCCGGAGAACCACUGGUGGUGCUGCAUGUUGCUUUAACUGAGGACAUAGCAAAUAAUAUCCAGGGCAUUGUGAGAGAGUUUGCCACUCUUGAUGCAGAUGAGGAUGUGAAUAAAAUCAACGCCGCCAUCUUCUACUCCAUCUCUUCCACCCAGGCCGGACUGCAGGGGGUGGAGCUGGGCAAUUACCUGAUCAAGAGGGUGGUCCGAGAACUACAGAGCGAGUUUCCACACAUGGCCCAGUUCUCCAGUCUGUCUCCGAUCCCUGGCUUCUCCUUAUGGCUCCAAGGGGCUUUGGGACAGCACAAGAAGGAGGGUCGAGCCACAGAGCUCCUCUCUGAGCAGGAGUGGCGGGAAGUGGAGGACGUGACGGGAGCUGCUCCUGGUGCCCCGGCUCUGGAGGCCCUGCGCAGACUCAUCAGCACCAGCGAGUGGAUUCACUCUGACCGUCUGGUUCGUGCUUUGGAGCCUGCGCUCAUGCGGCUCUGUGCUUGGUAUCUGUUUGGUGAAAAACGACGAGGGUACGCUCUCAACCCCGUAGCCAACUUUCACCUUCAGAACGGCGCCACCAUGUGGAGGCUAAACUGGCAAGCCGAUACAAGCCCAAGAGGAAUCGCCAACUCCUGUGGAAUAAUGGUCAAUUAUCGCUACUUUUUGCAAGAGACUGGCACUAACAGCAUCGCUUACCUGCACAAUAAAGUCAUCAAGGCCUCGGAGCAGGUGCUGGGACUGGUGUCACAAUUUCAGAGGAACAGCAAACUCUGAGAUGAAUAUGAAGUUCUGUGUUGGGACAGUAAUGCAUUGGCACUUAAUUUCAGUGUUAUCGUUUUUUGAUAACUGAGUGAUUUGAAUUUAAAGGACAAACACACAAUGAGGGUGGAAUAUGCCUUAAAUAUCCAAUGGGACACAUGGUACAAUGGGAUGUACGAUUGAAGCAUAUCAUAUUUGAUUUUUAUUCAGAGAUGGACAGUUGAUAAUCUGCCUUUCUGAAAGACAAUCAUCCAAUAAAUCCAAUUAUAAUGGAUAGUUCAUUCAAAAAUGAAA